AUGACACCGUUUGCAGUUGUGCCAGGUUGUUUAGGUGAGACAGUAGCAGGAACAGAAAAGGCGGCGGCGGCGGCGGCGGCGGCGGGGCAGACGCAGCGCGCGGGGAGGUGCUGCCACCGCGCGCCCCUUGACGUCACCGCUCCUCGCGCGCCCCCGCCCGGGCCGAGGUGGGGGUGGAGGGGAGGGGGCGGCCCCGGCGCGAGCGCGUCCCCCGGGCCCGACGGCCUAGCGGCUGCGGCGGGGAGGGGCCACAGGCCGCGGCGGCGGACGGAGGGGGAGGGCCUGGCGGAGCCCUCGGAGCCAGCCUCGAAGGCGCGGGACGGAGAGCGCCCGCCUCGCCAGGGCGCCCGGCUGGGGGCGUCCCUGGCCCCGGCCCGCGGGCGCGCGGAGAUGGCCCGCUGGUUCCUCUCUCUUCCCCAGAGCCCCUCCGCACUACCCCCGGCUAAAGGCGGCCCGGCCGAGGCUCCGAGAGCAAAGGCCGGGGUACAACCCAGAUCCUGCGAGCCGCCGAGUAGGUUAAGGCGGUCCGAAGACUGUUCGAGAAGAAGUAUCCAUCCUUGCUUAAGGUGCCGCGCCCUGCUGAGGUGACACAAGCGCGUCAGCAUGCAGGCGGUGGGGUGUCGGGGCCCCCAGUCCUGCUGGCAGGGCCCGGACGCCCCUUCCGAGGUCCGACCUGUGCCCUGGAACCCAGUUGGACCCCGCCCGCACCUUCCCGGAACGCCGGAGCGCACCCCCCCCUCAGGUGGAGGACAGAGGAAGUUGGCCGCAGAAUCAGCGUUCAUUUUAAAUGAAAAAAAAAAAAAAAAAAAAUCCUGGGGAGAUUUCCCGGGUGCUGUAAAUACAGAGGCUAGCGAAGCAUUAGUUCUGGAGGAAGAAUUCGUAGCAGGUUUGCGGGAGUCCCGAAGCGGGAUGCCCUAUGAACUCGAUGUACCUAGAUAAUAACCUUUCCCCCAGCUAGUCGAAGUCUGUGUACAAGUGUUUCGAAAAAGAUCUGUACCUUAUCAAGAGUGGUGACCUGACGCUUACGCGAUGCCCGCAAUUUGGCGUGAGGGUGAGCCGAUGGCAGGGUUGCACACAAAAUGUGCCUUGUGCCCAUUGGAGUAAGAGGGAGGCAGACUUUCUGGUAGAUGGGAUUUUGAAGAAGAGCUAAGGCAGUUUUCCCAUUUGGGCGAUGGAAGAAUGUUCCCCAUAUUUGGAUUUGCUUCACUUCUAGUACAUAAGCUUCGCCAAACUAACGUGAAAGUCGAUGAUGGUGGAAGUGGACAGGGGAUUAAACUAAUUACUGUUAAAGUGGCCUCAGUGGCCAGAUAGGGCUUCUGCCCCUUUCAGUUUCUGGACCUGGAUUUACUAGUGGAGGUAGGUUUUUCUCCCCGGAGAGGUGACCGCUUCAAAUACCUGAAAAAAAUCUGCUGCGAUAUUUGGUCCGGUACUGAGCUCAGUGUAGGUCUGGGAUGGCAUCCUUAACAUUUCUCCCAGGGCCUGUUGUAUGUACAUGAGUUCUUUCUAUGUGUGAUCACAAAUGCUACUUCUGAUCCCACAGACUGCUUUAUCUGACAUGCUUCCUACAUCAAGGACUUUUAAUAUAAAAUAAAUCGUAGAACUAUAAGGACUUAAGACUUUAAACUCUCAUUUAAUAAACAGGAGAAAACAGACAUUCCAUCAAGAUUAAAUCAUCAUUUUACAAUCUCGUCUAACUAGGUAGCUUAAAAAAACAGGAUUUAGGGACCCGAUCUGGGUUGGUUUCCACUAUCCAAUCCUUUAUUCCCAAAUAACCAGUUUUAUGUUCUAUUUACAAAACAAAACAAAAAAAAAUCUUUUAAAUU